AAAAGUUUGUCAUUCUUAAAAAAUAUUGUAUAGCUCUCUUAGCCACACGAUGACAAUGACAUCGACAUCAAGUCAAGUUGAACUCCAAGAGCAAUACCUACAUCCAUUGCCUACGAUCGAACCCACUGUAGAAUCGGCAACAGAGAGGCUUACAAUUGACGACAUGCUGGGAAAGUACUGCGGUGAGUUUGGGGCAUGGCAAUGGAAGAACUUUGUGUUGGCCAAUUUGGGUUGGACCUUAGAAGCUCUACACACCAUGAUUGUCAUCUUCGCUGAUCACCAGCCUCGAUGGCGGUGCAUCAACCCAACGGACUGCAAUGUCGCUGCAACGAGCGUUUGUGGGAUGAAACCUGGAUCAUGGGAAUGGGUUGAAGGUCGCCGGAGCUCAACGGUGGCAGAGUGGAGUUUGAUUUGCGGUGAUAAGUAUAAAGUUGGGUUGGCUCAGUCCAUGUUCUUUCUUGGUUGCAUGAUGGGAUCUGCUUUGUUCGGCUACCUCUCAAACUCUACCUUGGGAAGAAAACGCUCGCUCGCUUUAGUUUCUUCACUGAACUCCAUAUUUGGGUUAUUAACAGCAGCAUCUCCGUAUUACUGGACCUAUGUCCUCCUCCGCUCCUUAACUGGAAUCAGCACCGGCGGGAAUGCCGUAUGUGCCUUUGUACUUGCCACUGAACCCAUUGGCCCAACAAAACGUGGUGCAGCUGGAAUGUCGUCGUUUUACUUUUUUGCCGGUGGGAUUGUCAUACUAUCAGGAAUGGCCUACACCAUUCAUCCAUGGCGUGAACUCUACAUAGCUUCCUCAAUUCCCUCUCUUGUCUUCCUCCUUGCCGUCCUGCCUUUCAUCUCCGAAUCCCCAAGAUGGUAUCUAGUUCAGGGGAAGAUUGACGAGGCCAUGAAGGUGAUGAAGUCCAUAGCCAAAUGCAAUGGUAAACACCUCCCCGAAGGAGUCAUCCUUCUACUCGAUCGAGAAGCUUUCAACAAAGAUGAUCAAAGAUCGGAGCUCAAACAUGUAGAAAAGGGUAACUUAGCAACCUUACUUCGUUCGCCGCUUGCAAGAAUUCGACUACUGGUAGCAAUUGCUAUAAGCUUUUUAGGGGCAGUAAUAUAUUACGGUUUAAGCUUAAAUGUCGUCAACCUAGAGACAAAUCUCUACCUCAGCGUUCUACUCAAUGCUGUUGCAGAGACUCCGGCGUUCGCCAUAACAGCAGUGCUGUUAAGUAGGGUUGGUAGGAAAGGGAUAGGGAUAGGUACAUUCUGGUUCAGUGGGGGUUUUUCCUUUAUUGGUAGCUUGAUGAAAAGCCAUGGGAAGUGGAAGGUAGCAAGAAUGGUGUGUGGGAUUAUGGGGGUAUUUGGGAUGGCUGGGAACUACAACUUGUUAUUUCUAUACUUGGAGGAGCUGUUUCCAACGGUGGUGAGGAACGUGGCAAUGGGGGCAGCCACCUCGGCAAUUCAAACAGGAGCGGCUUUGGCGCCGUUUGUGGUGGUUUUGGGAGGUGGUUCGGCGUUUGGGGUGUUUGCGGUAUGUGGAAUUUUGGGUGGGAUAUUGGUAUUUUUCCUGCCGGAGACACAUAAUAAGUCACUAUAUGAUACAAUGGCUGGAUUGGAGUAUGGGGAAAGAAGUUGUAUUAGUGGUUGA